CGUCCGCUGGUUUGAAUAUGCUAACAACAAACAGCAGCUCGUGCAGACCGGAUGACUGAAACGGUUUGUAGUUUUUAAAGUGUUCUAAAAAUGUUUUCGACACUUUUGUGAGUGACGCUCGUGCAGCAGCUUCAGCAGGAUCCCUGAAGACCAGGUCUACCUGUCAGCAUGCAGUCAGAGCUGCUGAUUGGGUGGCAGCAGGAGAAGGCGGAGCUUAAGCGGGAGGUGUGUCGUCUGCAGGAGGAGCUGGCUGAGAGUCGAGCAGAGAGGGAGGAGCUAGAGUCCAGGAGCAGAGCUCUGAAUGAGAGGCUGUACCAGUCAGUGUCUCCCUCACUCUCCCUCCCUCUGAGGCUGGAGAGUGAUCAGAGGGAGUGGAAGAGGAGGGUGAGGGAGGGGAGAGAGAGAGAGGCCAGACAGGCUCUGUUGAUCCACCGCCUGCAGAACAAGGUGUUGGAGUACAGAGAUCGAUGUCAACGAGUGGAGCUUCAGCUGGUCAGCACCGAGGUACUAAUACUACUAGUACUACUAGUGUACUAAUACUACUGAUACUACUA